AUGUCUGCUGUUACCAUGACCUCCAUCGUCGCGCCGACCGCCAAGCCCGUCGGCCGCGUCGCGCGCCACCAGUUCGGCGCCGCGCCCGCCACCUUCGGCAAGGGCAACGGCUCCAAGACCGUGAUGAUGUCCCGCUGGAAGGGCAUGGACGAGGACAUCUCGGACGACCAGCAGGACAUCGCCCGCGGCCGCAACAUGGUCGACUCCAAGUUCCAGGGCGGCUUCGGCCUCGGCGGCACCCACAACGCCGUCAUGUCCUCCUCCGACUACGUCUCCGACGGCUUCAAGGACGUCUCCAACAUGACCGACGAGGGCUACUACAUCUCCAAGGGCUUCAUGGACAGGUUUUGCGUCCACAUUGCUAAGAACUUCAUGGACCUCCCCAAGAUCAAGGUUCCCCUCAUCCUCGGCGUGUGGGGUGGUAAGGGUCAGGGUAAGACCUUCCAGUCCAUGCUCAUCUUCAAGAAGCUCGGCGUCGGACCCAUCGUCAUGUCCGCUGGUGAGCUCGAGUCCGGCAACGCCGGUGAGCCCGCCAAGCUCAUCCGCCAGCGCUACCGCGAGGCUUCCGACAUCAUCAAGAAGGGCAGGAUGUCCACCCUCUUCAUCAACGAUCUCGACGCCGGUGCCGGACGCAUGGGCGGCUCCACCCAGUACACCGUCAACAACCAGAUGGUGAACGCCACCCUGAUGAACCUGGCGGAUAACCCCACCAACGUGCAGCUCCCCGGCCAGUACCAGGUUGAGGAGAUCCCCCGCGUGCCCAUCAUCGCCACCGGUAACGAUUUCUCCACCCUCUACGCCCCGCUCAUCCGCGAUGGACGCAUGGAGAAGUACUACUGGUCCCCCUCCUUUGAGGACCGCGUCGGCGUCGCCUGCGGCAUCUUCAAGGCUGACGGAGUCGCGGAGAAGGACGUCGAGGUGCUCGUCCGCACCUUCGACGGCCAGUCCAUCGAUUUCUUCGGCGCCCUCCGCGCGCGCGUCUACGACGACAAGGUCCGCGAAUGGAUCAGGGAGACCGGCAUCGAAGCCAUGGGUCCCCUCCUCGUCAACCCCAAGCGCGGCUCCAAGGUUACCUUCGAGCCUCCUCGCAUGAGCCUCGACAUCCUCCUCCAGUACGGCAAGGCGCUUGAGAUGGAGCAGGAGAACGUGAAGCGCGUGCAGCUCGCCGACGCGUACCUCGACGGUGCGGUGCUCGCGGGCGAGGGCGGUUCCUCCAACACCGCGCAGUCCCUGCUCGGUUAAAUUGGUGCGCGUGUUGGAUGAAUCGAUUGGCGAAUUUUUGGAUGGGUUGCGUGAAGACUCUUAUUUGUUCCCGCCUUGGGUCGUACAUAUUAUGAUAGCCGCGACUUCCCGGGCUACGCCGAGAUGAAUAUCUCUCGCCGUCGCCCGGGGGAUACAAUAUCAUGUAGUGGAAAAGCGUGUAUCGCUGUUAUACACUUAAACUCUCAAAAU